AAAAUUUGACAGCUCAGAUUGGGAACUAAAUCAGAAAACUUUCCAAUGGAUCAAGGAAAUAUUUGGUGCUGCAUCAUAUCAAGAGUUGCAAUGCCGAAGCAACAAUAAUAGUCCUACAUUAGAUGUCAGUAGAAUGGUAGUUGCUGUUACUAGAUCUAAACUGAA